AUGCCCCGCUCGCAGGUUGUGCUUAUUGGCGAAGAGUCGAUUGCCAGAGAUUCACCCGAGUAUGCGGCUGGGAUCUCAACACAGAUGCGGCAAUAUCUGCCACGGGUAACUGUCGAACGACAUGCAAAGUAUACACCCCCGAGUAUUCACAGACCUCGGGAAGAUAUGCCCGUACUCUAUCAGCCAGAGGAUCCAACGGUUGGCUUUAAAUCUGGCCAUGCCAUCAAAACCCCCAACAGGACAUUUGUCGUCCUCAACCCAUGGCUGCACCCGUCGGACAUUUUUGUACCGCACGUCAACAAUUAUCGAGCCGCUCGCUACGUGUCUGUGACCAGUCCGACGCAAGCACUCUUGCCAGACGCACCUGAUGCCAACGUCUCUGCGCGUCUCGAACUCGAUGGCCCACAGACGUUGCACCGCGCCGAGCUUCGGGCCGCGAUAGGAGCCAUGCAAUACCGAAGUUGGAACACCGAGGGGUUCAAUAGCAUUGUGAUUGCGACGAAUUCAGACUAUGUGGUGCGAGGUGGGACAGAAUGGGUGUGGAAAUGGGCAAAGAAUGGUUGGACUAACCCCGUCGACGGAUAUCCGGUCGCGAACAGAAGUCUCUGGGAAAAGUUUAUGAAGGAGGUGCGCAAGAUGGAGUCUGUUGGUGUCGAAGUUCGCUUCUGGUACAUUAGUGCCGAGUGGAACGAAGCUGCUGUCGAGUUGGCAAACGCCGGAACUCUACGAAAAGACGUGGACAAUACGUUUCAAAAGGUGGUCGGCAUUCUCGUCUAG